CAGCUCUUCGGUGGUGUAGAGUCUAUGCGCGCUGGCCAGCAGUGGGAGGUGUGUAAUGCUCACACUGGCAGCAGACCCUCACGCGCAAUCACCCGGGAGCUAGGAUUCAGCGACUGGGCUACCUAGCUGAAGCUUCAUCGGCACAAACUGAUGGGACUGACUCGCUUGGCAGAGACUUCCCGCUCUUUUAAGUGCACUGAGCGGAGCCCACACUGAAGUGGAAGCUGUCCGGGAGACUCAUAGUCCGGAGUCCCAGUGUGGCCUGGAGAAACAGAACCGGUGCCUGCCUGGGCGACCCAGUGGGGAAGUCCCUGGAGAAAGCUUGUGCUGGGGGAGACUCACACUUCUUCCCAGGGGUACAGAUCCUGGAGGAGGCUGUCCAGGCGUCGAGGCUGCUACCGAGUGAGGAGACCCCAGCGGGGAGAGGGCGCUCAAUCGCUAAUUUCGGGGAGCCGAGAGGAUUAGGGCGGGAUCACUCGGGGGCUCCAAGCCCCCGUUGCACCUCCUGCAGUGGAGAAGCCAAGGGAGCAAACCCUUGGAGGCCGCAGCGGAUGCCUGGGUUGGGAGUGAGUGCCCAGUGAGUCCUGGCCGACUAGACGAAGAAGAACGACACCAAAGCCGGCAGGAGGGGAGCACUUCAAGGCCAGCGGCAGAGGAUGGGCGCUUGAGAGGUUCUGACUGCAGAGCUGCACUGAACGGCGAGGAGAGCUCUGCUGAAGGGUCGCUGGGGGAUUCCGAAGUGCAGCCUGUCACCCCCACCCCACCCCCACCCUGAAGAUGGCCCGCCCUGGGCAGCGUUGGCUCGGAAAGUGGCUUGUGGUGAUGGUCAUAUUGGCUCUGUGCCGACUUGCCACGCCGCUGGCCAAAAACCUGGAGCCCGUAUCCUGGAGCUCCCACAACCCCAAAUUCCUGAGUGGGAAGGGCCUGGUAAUCUACCCGAAGAUCGGAGAUAAGUUGGACAUCAUCUGCCCUCGUGCUGAAGCAGGGAGACCAUAUGAGUAUUACAAGCUAUACCUAGUGCGACCUGAGCAGGCAGCUGCCUGUAGCACUGUGCUUGAUCCCAAUGUGCUAGUCACUUGCAACCGUCCAGAACAGGAAAUUCGCUUUACCAUCAAGUUCCAGGAAUUCAGCCCCAAUUACAUGGGCCUGGAGUUCAAGAAGCACCAUGACUACUAUAUCACCUCUACAUCCAAUGGGAGCCUGGAAGGACUGGAGAACCGUGAGGGUGGUGUAUGUCGUACGCGGACCAUGAAGAUUGUCAUGAAGGUUGGGCAAGACCCCAAUGCUGUGACACCUGAGCAGCUGACUACCAGCCGGCCCAACAAGGAGGCAGACAACACCAUCAAGAUGGCUACACAGGCCCCUGGUAGUCGGAACUCUUUGGGUGACUCAGAUGGGAAGCAUGAGACUGUGAACCAAGAAGAGAAGAGUAGCCCAGGUUUGAGCAGUGGUGGUGGUAACAGCAACCCAGACAGCUUCUUCAACUCUAAAGUGGCACUGUUUGCAGCUGUUGGUGCUGGUUGUGUAAUCUUCCUGCUCAUCAUCAUCUUCCUGACCGUCCUGCUACUGAAGCUACGCAAGCGGCACCGCAAGCACACACAACAGCGGGCACCUGCCCUCUCACUCAGUACCCUGGCUAGUCCCAAAGGUGGCAGUGGUACAGUGGGCACUGAGCCCAGUGACAUCAUUAUCCCUUUACGGACUACAGAAAACAACUAUUGCCCCCACUAUGAGAAGGUGAGUGGGGACUAUGGGCAUCCCGUCUACAUCGUCCAGGAGAUGCCACCCCAGAGCCCAGCAAACAUCUACUACAAGGUCUGAAAGCCUGGCAGCCUUGGGCCUUAAGAGACAGUUGGCCUGGACUGCACUUUUCCUCUCUCCUUCAUGCCCCCUUCCUCGCCAGCUGUGCCCACCUUUGUAUUUAGUUUUGUAGUUUCUUGGCUUUUAUAAUCCCCUUUUACCCUGCCCCCAGGCUUCAGGGGAGUACUUGUGCCCCUGACCCUGUGCUCUUGUGCCUUCCCCCUCUGGCCAGACCUCUUGGCUCUGUAGGGGUGCCCUCUUGGAGGGCAGGGUUGGACACUGAUGGACAGCAGGCAGGGAGAUGCCCCCACCCCUGCCCUCCUUGUCCCUUUUCCCCCUUCCCAGGACUACUUGUCCACUAUCAUCACUGUUUUUAAUGUGUUUUUAUUUUUGUGUGUGUGUUCAUUUUUUUAGCCUUUGACUCAUUUUCAUCUUUUUUUUUUUUUUUUUAAGAAAAGUGGAAAAAAGUAAAAGACAGCCCCUGUCCAAGUCUUCUGAGCACAUUCAGCCCAGUAUAAGGGACCUGGGACAGGAUGUGGCUAGCUGGGAAGUGUUGGAUUGCAUUGCUUUGAUAUUUUCUUGGUUUUUGGGCAGGGAGUGGGAAGGGGGUCAGGUCAGGACUGUCCUAUGUAAAGGAAGAUGAGAGUGCCAUUGUGCAAGUUAUCUCACCGCCCUUUCCUGACAUUCCUUCUACAAAGCUGAUCUUGGCAAUGUGGUAGUAGCUGCCACCCUUCCACCAAAAAUUAAAAAAAAAAAACCCUUCCUUGUGGUAUUCUUCGGCAUCUCCUUCCUCCCUCCCUCUCACAGUAAUUAACAUCGUCUUAAUUGCCUGGGGAACAGGAGAGCUGCUUCAGGCAGAUGACCUCAUGGGGGGUGGAGGGAGGUGAAGUGCCCAGGUGAUUAUUUGCCCUGUAGAACUGAGAGUUCCUCUCUCCAGCCCCUACUCUGUUCUCUCCUGACCUUUGACAUACUUUAGGCUAAUAGGCAAAUGGAGACUUAAGGCAGAAACCUAAGACCAGGUGGUUUUUUCCUUUUCUAGACUCUAGCACAGUUGGGUUCCCAUCAGCCCAGCUCCCACUGGCCUCCCAGUCUUGAGUUAUGGCCUGAAAAUAGGAAGAGGCUGCCAAGGCUGGGUCAGCACACUGCACACUUUGACACCCAGUUCCUUGCCAGCAUGACUGUUAAUAGACUACCGUGUGUGUGCCUUGUGGGUGCUCCCAGAGUGGCUAUGGAAGAAGCUGGUUUUACACCAUCCACCUCCACAGUGUCUCCUGGCCACCUGCCUACCUUAAUGCUAAGUGGGAGUGGGAGUGGGAGCCAAACAGCCAACCCCUUCCAGGUGGCAGUUGGAAGGGUUUUUGUUUCUGUUGCCAUUUGUGUACAUACUAGUCUUUUUUUUGGAAAAAAAAUAAUAAUGUAAAGAUUUUUGUAUAAACUCUGAAUUAUU